AACACAUGUGGGGUGGGGGGGUGAAGAAAAGUUGCUCACGGAGGGUUUCCUCUUUGUUCCGGAUCCAGGAAACUACAGCUCGACAUGCUUCAUGUCAUGUCUGUUUUGUCAGGUUGUGUGACUUUGGGCGUUCGCCGUGCUUUGUGUCUGAAACCGUAGGGGUUUAAAAUAUUCUGAGGUAGAGGCAGAGCCAUGCGACCCUGCAGGGCUUCGUGGUACCAGAACUCUGCUGUGUGUGCUGCUGACAAAAAGGAAGUGAGCAAACCUGACAUUUCCUAUUUUGGUGUAAAGAGAUUCUGAUUAGAUUUUGUCGGUUUUUUUUAAGAAACCACUACCUGUUUCAGACCUUUAGGUGGAAGUCCACAAGUUGUCAGCGAAAGACUUUUAUAAGUGGAACUUUUAGAGUGACUCUCAAAUGUUUUCACAGCCCUCGUUCAUAAACUUCAACGUGUCUCAUCAGGGCUUUUGCAUUGGACCAACACCAAGUACAGGAGCAUUGUGAAUGGAAAGAAACUAAAACUUUUACAAGAACAUUUGCAAGUCUUUUAGGAUAAAUGGCUUGCCCAACUUACUUGUCACUUCAUGUGCAGAGGGUUGAUUUUGUCAUGAUCUGCGGUUGUUGGUUCGGACCCAAAAGCAGAGAGGUGAGGCAGCCACUGAGUUUGAUGAUUUAAUGAAUAUUUCUAGCAAGUACAAAAGUCCAGGCAGCACAGGUGAGCAAAAGGCUAGGAGCUCAAUCACUGGCAAAUUUGAGCAAAACAACAACAAGAUGUGCGACGGCUAAGUUGAGGAUACAACAGGGGGACACAGACACAGGUGGGAUUAAAUACACAAGAGGUAAUCAGGAAACGUGAGACACAGCCGGAAGCAAUCAGGGCAGACAUGACAACACAGACACUAAUUGACAUACAGAACAAAAACAAAUCCUCACAGAGUUGUAGUUUUGCAAUACUCUUUGCGUUAUUGCAUAAUGCACUGAUAGGUCCUUCACAGACCCUUCGUUUGUCUGGAGUCUAGACAGUUCAGUUCAUUUGUGGAGGUGUGAAUGCGCAAUCAAACUCUGACACGGACAGAACAAAAAAGCAAACUCUGGUUCUCCUACAAACCUCGGUCUCGUCUCGGCUGGAGAGAACUCUGGCGUGGCACGAAUCCAUAUGUGAAUGCAGAGCGGACCGGAGACCGCUCUGAAAGCAGGAAGCGAACUACAGCACAGGGUAUUCUGGAUUCUUGCCAACAAUUCAGCAAAGUGACCGAGCCGUCCAGAGGAGGGGAGAUGGAGGCCGCCGCUUUCGAGUACCACAAGAAGGAGGAAGACCUGGAGGUGGAGUCUUUUCAGGGAGAGAAGAGGAAGCUCAUCCAGCCGACAUCCUUGAAAGACCCCAAGCUUGAAAACCUAAAGCAGGCCUUGGUGGACUGGAUCAAUAAGACUUUGAAAGCAGAGCACAUCGUGAUUCAGAGUCUGGAGGAGGAUCUGUACGAUGGACUGGUCCUUCACCACCUGCUGGCCAGAUUAGGCAACGUGAAGUUAGACGUGGAGGAGAUAUCGCUGACCAGCUCCUCUCAGCUCCGUAAGCUGGAAGCCAUCAUGAAAGAGCUGGACAAGAUGCUGGGCGUGGAGGACAGCUGCCCGAUCAAAUGGGACGUCAAACUCAUCCACAACAAAGAUCUCCUAGCCACCAUUCAUCUGCUGGUUGCCAUGGCAAAAGCUUUCCAACCUGAGCUCAAUCUGCCGCCGAAUGUGAAGAUUGACGUUGUCACAGUAGAAGUGAGCAAGAGCGGAAUCAGAUCUGAGGUGCAGACCGAAGUCCUGACAGAGGACAGCAAUGCAGGCUCAGACUCCUCCGGCUAUCCUGAAAGGGAAGAUCCCAUUGAGCAACUGCUGAAGCUUGAGGCUAACAAGGUCAACACAGUGAAGAAGGCCAUCUUACACUUCGUCAACCAGAACAUGGCAACCCUGGGUCUGCAGGUGGCUGAUAUGGACAAACAGUUUGCUGAUGGAGUGAUAUUGCUGCUGCUGAUUGGUCAACUGGAGGGCUUCUUCAUCCCGCUGGUUGACUUCCACCUGACCCCUGUUAGCGACACUGAGAUGCUUCAUAAUGUGACGCUAGCCCUGGAUCUCCUGGAUGAUAUUGGCCUGCAGCUGCCCAAUAUUGAGCCGCAAGAUAUCGUCUCUCAGGACGUCGCCGCCACCUUGAGGGUCCUUUACACCCUGUUCAGGAAGCACAAAAGGAACUGAGGGAGGAAGACGCUGGACGAAGACGAGCCGAGCUGCUGAAAAAUCAACAAGAAGACGGGAGGGGAAAGUGUUCACUGUGUAAUUUAUUGCUGUAUUUUUGUUUUUUGGGUCAUACAGAUUUAGAUAAAAACAGUGGGAUCAAUUUUGGAACAUUUUUAGCUUUUAUGAAUAAGGGCAUUUUAUGUAGUAUAGGCUAAAUGUGUGGUUUUUUUAUAUAUAUAUUUUGUAAAUACUGUAUAUUGAGAACUCAGGUUGAAAAGUAAAUCUUCUCUUGAUUUAAAAAAAAAGUAUUCAAUUUUACUUUUAUUAAAUUGGAGGACAGCAAAUACUUCAGUGUUGGUGGCAGCAGGAAACUGAUUAGGCGAGUCAGAAAACUGAUAUUUCUUUAAGACUGCACACCUGACGGAGCCCCAGGUAGAGAAGCAUGACUGAAGCAGCUGAUUGGAGUCAGUUUAUGCAAAUAAAGCUUAACAUCCAGAAAACUGCUAACAUCUGACUGGCAUCACAGAAAAACAAAAAAAACAAAAGGCCUGCAGCAGAAAAUUAAAAAAGGAAAGAAAGAAAGAAACAGUCAUUCACAGUUUAGAUCAGAUUUUGUUUUAGAGGUUUUCCGUGCUGAAACGUAUCAGUAAUGUGCCGAAAAUGAAUUUAUUUUUACUGUUGCCACUAAAACCUUUGCAAAGUUUUGUCUAUUUUUAUAUUUAUGAAUAAUACAUUUCUCUGACAGUGACAGUACCAUCAACAUCGGCGAUUAGAGUUUUAAAUCUUAACCGCAGAUGGACGACUAACAAGACUUGCUGUAGGUAAAGAAAUAUUCAAGGUACGACAUGUGGAUGUAAUUAACUGUAACGUAAUUGACUGCAUAAAUAUUAGGCCAUAUGUGUCCUUGGUUGUGUUAGUAGUUCAAUAAAGCUUCACUUCCUGGUAAAACAA